AUGGCAACCAAAGUAGCUAUAGUCACAGGAGGGAAUAGAGGUUUAGGUUUUCAAAUCGUAAAGGGUUUAUGCCAAAAAUUUGAUGGUGCUGUGUAUCUCACAUCUAGAAGCGAAGAAAGGGGCCAAAAAGCCGUCCAAGACCUAGAAGACUUAGGACUACACCCACGAUUUCAUGUACUUGACGUCACAAGCGAAGAAAGUGUAGAAAACUUUGCAUCCUUUAUUAAAGCCAACCACAAUGGCAUCGAUGUUUUGGUGAACAACGCGGGAGUUCUAGAUUUCGACAAAUCAGUUUCCUCAUAUGAAGAAGCGAAAAAACUCCUUGAUACGAAUUUUUAUAGUCUUCUGAAAAUUUCUCAACAUUUACACCCCAUAUUAACAAAUACUGCUAGAGUUGUCAAUAUCAGCAGCGAUUGGGGUUUGCUAUCAAACAUAAGAAAACAGAUUUGGCUGGAUACAUUAAUAAAAGAUAAUUUAACUGUUGAUGAGAUUUUACAAUUUGUAAGUGAUUUUCUGCAAGCAGCUAAAAAUGGAAGGAAUGCAUUCUUUUCUUUUGCGGGUCAUUAUGGUGAUUAUAAAGUUUCCAAGGUAGCUCUAUCUGCUCUAACAUUUGUUCAACAGAGAGAAUACAUCAAACAGGGUAAAGACAUAUCUGUAAACUGUGUCCAUCCUGGUUUUGUGAAGACAGAUAUGACAAAAGGAAUGGGUGAUUUUACCCCUGAACGUGGUGCUAGAGCUCCUUUGUACUUGGCAUUGGAGGCUCCCCAAACUCUUAAAGGUACCUUUUUGUGGCAUGAUUGCCAUAAAGUAAACUGGGAUGAUUGA